UAAGAUUGGUUUCUCGCUGCAUACUAACUGUUGGCAGUAGGCAAGUCAAAUGUGCCGCUUGAAGUUGUUUAAUUCGUACAAUGAACUUAUUUUUCAACAAUACAAUCGAACGUACUGUGGAAAAUCUGGAACAGUUACUCGUUACUGGUUCCGAAGCGGUUAGUUCAAAAAAUUGGCUUCAUUUCAAAGUUGAAAUCUGCAGUGUUGUUCCGGGACUAUUUUUAAAUUGUUUGCUUUUGUAAAUGACAAUUCCUAGAGUAAAUAAAUACUGUGAUCUCGAGUGGUCUGAUAUUGGGUGACAUACUGUAAGUUUUACAAACGAGCAACCGAAUAUUUGAACGUUCGAGUGCGAUCGGUCAUUGGUCAAGAUGCAACAAGGUGUUCCAACCGUUUUGUGCAGGUGAAAAUGGUUCCAUUCUCAGUCCACAAUAACCAAACUACUAGAAACAUCUCCAAUGGGUUCUAACGAGUCAUCCACCAUGGAACUAGCCGCAGCGAUGUCAGAUGAGAAGCCGUCGGCUUCCCUGCCAUUGCAAUCCAAAAUUGUUGAUUCUGUUGAUGUUAUUGUUGAAAAUCUUUCAAGUACAAACUACAAAGACUUGAACGAACUGCGUGAUAUUUCUAAACCAGAGCCAAAAUCAAACGAAGAAGCAAUAGACAUUAGUGAUGAAAGGACAGAAAUGGAAGAAGAAACCGGCGAAGAUUCCGCCACAGAAAGCCUCCCGCCUACUACCGAGGAGUUGGCAGAAGAACCUCACGAUAGGUCAGAUGGAUCUGAUUCCGGCCUAGGUUCGGAACUAUCUGAAGAACGGCCGCAAGAGAACGCCGCAAUCAUCGAGAGCGACAGCGAAACAUCCUUCUUGUAUAGAUUGAACGAAGGAACUAUAACUAAUACCCAGUUUGAGGAAUUCGCUAGUCAAGUAGCACUUCCAAGGUGUGAGGAAGAUUCGCAAAUUGAAAGUGACAUAGGUGACAUUCUGAGUGGUACACAAUCAAAAUCCCCCAAGCCAUCGAAGAGUUCUCUGAAGAGAAAAUUACCCACAGAUGACCAUGAACAACCGGAGGCUAAGAAACGACGUGGGAUUACGUUUGACAGCGUCACGGUCUUUUAUUUUCCACGGGCGCAGGGGUUUACCUGCGUUCCUUCACAGGGAGGAUCGACACUUGGUAUGGGAGCGCAACAUAGCCACUUUAAAAAGUUUUCAUUAUCCGAACAUGCCUUGGAGCAGCGAAGGAUACAUCGCCAACUGCUGCAACAACUCCGAUCGGAAAGGAACGCGACGGUAGGCACUGUUGUGUCGUCAAGCGAAGAAAGUGACAGUGAAGAUGAACCUAGCGACGCCUCGGAAUCGGAGAUGGAUCUCGACAACUAUUACUUCUUGCAGCCGGUCCCUACGAGGCAGAGAAGGGCCCUACUGCGCUCCGCAGGGGUAAGGAAAAUCGACGCUUUAGAGAAAGACGAAUGCCGAGACAUACGAUCGUCUCGAGAGUUUUGCGGCUGCGGAUGCAAAGGUUACUGUGAUCCGGAUACGUGUUCGUGCAGCCAGGCUGGUAUCAAAUGCCAAGUGGACAGAUUGAAUUUUCCGUGCGGCUGUUCGCGAGACAAUUGCGGCAACUCCAGCGGACGAAUAGAGUUCAAUCCCGUACGGGUCCGUACCCAUUUCAUACACACUUUAAUGCGUCUCGAGCUCGAGAAAGAGAAGGAGGACAUGAAGUCUGAUAAUAAGGAAACGGAUGCGAUUGAUAACGAUCGGCUAAACUCGAGCGAAAAAGAAGUGGCAAGUAAAUCAAGUGUAAAUAAAUUCAAUAGCAACUUGUUGAGGGACGUCACUUUGGGCGCCAACGUCGAAGUUGAGAACUGCGUGCACAUCGGCAGCUAUACCAAUCUACAUUAUGGCGCCCCGGGGGAGGGGCCGGGACACAAUCCCCCGGGGUUCUCUAACCUACCGGAUCGAGCCGACUCUCUGGAUUUGUAUACUUUUCGCGAGAACUGUUACGCCGAAGUGGAAAAUUCCGCGGUUGAAAGGAAACAGGCGUUUCCAGUCGCGCAGGGGUUUCACUUCCCCGAUCCCAGAUUCUCCGAUGUCGGCUUCCCAGCUAGUGGUUCUCCUUACCCCUCUCCGUCUAAUCAAUACACUCAGCCGUAUCCGAGCAGUUUCGGCGACUUCUCACCGGUAUUCAACCCGUACGGGGGCAUCUAUCCGCCCGAUUUCGCAACAAAACCGAUAGAAGGGUCUUUCCCGCAGACAUAUGAACACUUUUCUAGUGAUACUUUUUCAGCUGGUAACGUGGAUUCCAAAGAAAACCAAUACACAAGUUUAAAUUCCGUAGGGGCCAAUAACAAAAUUGAAUCAUUCACUGACCUAUUGACAGGAAAGUAUAACUCUUAUUCGGGGGCUGAAGAGAGCGCCAAUUUUAACUCUGUGAGCACUGGUCAAACUUCGGCGAGUAACGAAAAAACAGAAAAAAGUUCCGAAAAUGCUGAAAAUGCCAUGGGCGAGUGUGAUGAAAAUUUCGGAGAAAUUAUCAAGAAGUCUAUGGUUGAAACUGUUUCAGCAUAAUUUGAAUGUUUAAAAUAUAAAUAUUAUUACGUUCC